AUGUCUUGGCCUAAGCGUUCCCUUGCCGAGGUUGAAGCAAUUCUAUGUGGCCCCGGAAGUCCCCACGAGAUCGAGACCCGUUUGGUCGACGGCAGACUCCAGCGCGUCUACAAGCAUCUAGCACCCUCACUGCGGGCUUUCUGGUUAUCCUCGGUCGAAAAAUAUCACAACGACACCUAUGUUGUGUUCGAAGCAGAGCGGCUCUCUUAUGGACAAGUCCACGAGUACGCCAUGAAGGCUGCAGGUGUGUACUAUACCGCAUAUGGCAUCCGAAAAGGCGAUCGGAUCUGUAUCUGUUCUCGAAACUGCCCGGAAUUUACAGUCAACUGGUGGGCUUGCCACCUCCUUGGUGCGGUCCCGGUGCUGGUAAACGCGUGGCUUCCACUGGAACCUCUCAAGUACUGCAUCUUACAUACGCAGUGCAGACUUAUUCUCAUCGACUCAGAGCGCGCUGCUAUCCUGGAGCCGGUCCUUACAGCUAUGUGUUCUGAGAUCGGUGUUACAGCUGUUUUGGUACUGGACCCAUCAUGCGAUACCUGCCUUCGAAAAAGAAUGGAGCGCUACCACGACGUCGUCAUUAACUUUGUCGGUCAUUGGAGGAAUGUCCUGGAUGACAGAUAUCCAACCAUUCGCCCCGAAGAUAACGCUACCAUCAUGUUUACAUCAGGUACGACCGGCCUUCCCAAGGGCGUGUUAAGCACCCAACGCCAGUUUCUAACAAACUCCCUCAAUACGGUGGUUGCAAAUCGACGAGCUGCCUUACGACGAGGCGAGAACCUCAAUUCAACACCUUCCGGCCCGCAAAAGGGUGCGCUGAUCGCUGUACCGCUCUUCCAUGUCACAGGAACAACCAGUUAUACCAUGAUGGCGACAAUGUUGGGAAUGAAGAUUGUUCUAAUGCGAAAGUGGAUAGUUGAAGAAGUGAAAACUCCAUCUUAUGACAUUAGUGACGUUUUUCUCACGCGAUCUAGCUUAAUACGCCGCGAGAAUGUUUGUGUCGCGGGAGGUGUUCCGGCUAUGGUGUCCGAUCUCGUUGAUAGCUCCCUCGCGGGAUACAAUCUAGAGGGACUAUUUUUCGGUGGUUCCCCUGCUCCGGAAAUUCUAACAGACCGUGCGAGACAGGUCUUCCCUGCCGCCCAAAUGAGCCAAGGAUACGGUCUAACAGAAACCAAUUCAAUAUCUGUCGGUAAUGCUGGUGAAGACUACGUGACGCGACCAAGUAGCACAGGUCGAGCAUGUCCGGUCAAUGACAUUGUUAUCAUCAACGAAGCUGGGGUGUGCGUGCCUCCCGGUCAAGUCGGUGAAAUCUGGAUCCGCGGUCCGAAUGUUAUGAAAGAAUAUUGGCAUGAUCCAGAAGCAACCAGUAAAAUAUUGACGUCGGAUGGAUGGCUCAAGUCUGGCGACAUUGGGUCAAUUGACGAAGAAGGCUUUUUAUAUGUCAAAGAUCGGAUCAAAGACGUUAUCAUUCGGGGCGGAGAGACCAUUUCCUCAGUGUCGAUAGAAAACGCGGUCUAUACUGAUCCUCGGAUUUUAGAGGUGGCGGCAGUCGGUGUUCCUGACAAGCGCUUGGGGGAGCUGGUGGUGGUUGUCGUUUCUAUCAAGGCACCAUAUCGGGGACAAGUAACCGAAGCAUCACUGAUGUCAGUGGCCCAGAAAAACUUACCGAGAUAUGCAAUCCCCGUUAUGAUUGUCCUUCGUGACGAACCGUUUGAACUUACUCCGUCGGGUAAAAUCAUGAAGGGUGAACUGCGAAAGCUCGCUCGCUGGCACUGGGAGAAGCGUUGUGCGAAUGCUCAACCAACUGCGAAUCUAUAG